GACCCUCAAAACAGACACAAAUUGCACACUUUCCCCACCUCUCCAUUCUCUCAUCUCAUUCCAACAAAAAACCAAACCCCAAAACAGCAGAGCAACCAACAAAGUCAUAAUAGUAUUACCCACCCGCCGCAGACUGAAAAAACAAAACCAGAUACAAUCGCAGAAUAAUAAUGCCAGAACACUCUUCAUAGUUGUUCAUACAGUACAUAGUUAUUCUCACACCAAAACCACGUCAACAAAUUCAAAAACUGUGUCACCUUCCUUGGUGUGUUAAUGUUAAUGCAUCACCACCACAAGCCAGAGCUUCACAUCGGAAAAGAGAACCCCCACCUCUCUUCCGAUGACGCCGCCACUUCAACUCCACAAACCCAUUUCUCAAUUCAGGUUUCACCUUCCUCGCCCCAUCCACCUCCACCAAACUCACCAAACACGCCGUUCCACCAUGAACGCUUCUCCAACAAGAGAAUAAUACCCAUCAUGACUUUCCCUCUGUUCCAAACACCCUUUGGCGCAAAGUUUCCAACUUCCAAGCUUCUCCCGCGUUUCCGCUUCCUCCUCUUCCUCCCCCUUCCUUCCCUCUACCUCCUCUUCUCAAACCCUAGCCCCUUAGAUUUCUUCUCAGUUAUCGCUUUCUCAGCAGCACUCUUCGUUUCCCUCAAUUUGGCACUGUCUUUCUUCACUCGAUUGUUCCCCACCAAAUUCUCAUCAUCAUCAUCAUCCUCUUCUCCUCAGCCUGUUGUAUGGUCUAUUGGGUCGAACCCUAAGCAAGUAAAGAACACAAAUUGGGGGUGUUGGGUCCAAGUUUACAGCAAUGGGGAUGUUUAUGAGGGUGAAUUUCAAAAAGGGAAGUGUUGGGGGAGUGGGGUUUAUCACUAUCACAUGCAUGGGAGGUAUGAGGGAGGAUGGGUUGAUGGAAAGUAUGAUGGGUAUGGUGUUGAGACAUGGGCUAGAGGGAGCAGGUAUAGAGGGCAAUAUAGAGAAGGUUUGAGGCAUGGAAUGGGGAUAUAUAAGUUUUACUGUGGGGAUGUGUAUGGUGGUGAGUGGUCUAAUGGACAGUGUCAUGGGUUUGGAGUCCACACUUGCAUUGAUGGCAGCCGCUAUGUUGGGGAGUUCAAAUGGGGAGUCAAACAUGGACUUGGACAGUACCAUUUCAGAAAUGGGGACAUAUAUGCUGGUGAAUAUUUUGCAGACAAGAUGCAUGGUUUUGGAGUGUAUCAAUUUCAGAAUGGUCAUCGGUAUGAGGGGGCAUGGCAUGAAGGAAGAAGACAAGGACUGGGAAUGUACACUUUCAGAAACGGGGAAACACAAUGUGGUCAUUGGCAGAAUGGGAUUCUUGAUGAUCCUAAAAGACAUAAUAGUCCUACUGGGUCUCCAUGUGCUGUGGACCAUGCCAAGGUUUUCAAUGCAGUACAGGACGCACAUUCUGCUGCUGAGAAAGCUUACAAUAUGGCAAAGGUGGAUGACGGGGUGAAUAAAGUAGUGGCUGCAGCUAAUAAAGCAGCAAACACAGCCAGAGAUGCAGCUGUAAAGGCUGUGCAAAAUAGGAUGCACCAUAAUAAUAGUAAUAAUAAAUGAUAAUAACCCAUUUCCUCAGUGUCAUCCUCCAUCAUAAGUUUGCAUACACAGAACAUUAUUAGAUAUGCGAAAGCAAAGGAAGCAGAAUGAAUGCAAGGAAGGAGAAUCACAAAGAUGUGCAAAAAAAUGGUAUCUUCUCUGAAGUUUGAUAGCUAAGUUAUGUACAUUUUCUUCUCCUCUCCACUUGAGAGGUGUUUCCAUUUCUUGUAUCUUUGUAUAGCUACGAGGUGCCUGCUUGGAACCACUUUCUGUCAUUGAACUCAAUGGCAGAUUGUGGAGCAAGUAGGUUCCUCACUUUUGGUGGAUGCUUUUAUGUGUAUAAGUAAGAAGAGCAAGAAUAGUAGAGUAUAAAGUUACACCGUGUAAGGCAAAAAGUGCCACAAAGAUGGACAAAGGAUAGCGUAGGAUUUACAUGUUGGCUUCUUGCCAAGCCAUAAACGUGUUGGUGUAUCUAUCCAUCUGGGUGCAUUUAUCAAGUUGCCCACCAGCUAGUGCUGUAUGUGUUGUUUGGUGAAGAGUUAAAGAUUUGGGAAGCUCAAUUUCGUUAUCAUUUGUACGAUCAGACUUACACAUCAAACAACGAUGUAAAGUUUUAUAUCUUAAAAUAGUAAAAAUAUGAUAGAAGGUGGAGCUCUAUUAUUACUUGAAA